AUGGCGGCCGCGUGCUGCUCCGCCACCGGAGCGCAGCCAGGGUACUGGUGCUGCAGCGCACCAGUAGAAACUGAAGAAGAGAUAUGGCAUCGACGGAAAAGGGAGCAUGUCCUGGAGUCCCUGAGUCGUGUCAAGGGGCUUUCCCCUUACUCGAAAGUAGUCCUCCAGCCGGAUGUCGACUACGUCAUUGACGAACUGGAGCAGAGGGACAUAGAGGACUCCAACAAACUUGUCUGCGGAACACAAACUGUGGCAUUCGCCAACAGUUUCUGUCUGCUUAUUUGGUUGGGCUUGUACGCCCUUCUUAUGCUCGGCUUACAGUUUCGCCUUUACAGAAUGAUCGGGAAUCUGCCCCUACCAGCACAUUGGCCAGAUCCUCUUCCCUGGGUGGAAGCCAUCGAACAGGACUACAACGUCAAAUUCGACGCCUACUACAGCUGCGGUAUUGGUGCCAUGAUGCUGGUUAUGACGCUCUCUUUCGCAUCAGCGAGGUCCAAUAUCGGCGGCUUCAUUGACAGGAUGACCAAGCAUUUGAUACGGGUGGCACAGGAAGAACUCCGUACGGAUGUCCGAGAUUCAGUUGACCACGAUUUCUACUCGUUUAUUAACAGGCUUCCGCACUACUUCUGUGUUUCGGAAGACCUAACGAAAGCGUCGAUAAGGAAAAUCCAUCGACGACUACAUACUGAUUUGGACAUCCGCACUUCUGUCGUCGACUUUGAACUGAAAGGCCCUUUGGCAAUUCGCCACGAGGUCCAGAAAAGAGUUGCAAAUAGAAUGUGUUGCUGGUCGCUAUGGUUUUUCUUUCUCCCAUGGCUCCUCACGAUGAUGGCAAAUGCAUCAUUGGCCCUUCGAGUCUACACGAUGGCGUACAAGAAGGAUCACGAGAUCGAAGUGCGCAGCCCGGACGUGAUCAGGGAAGGAGGAUAUGAAUCAGCGCUCCGUGAUGAAGGAAUGCAGCAUAUCGGUUAUGCUUUGCUUGUAAACCUGCUUGUAUGGAUCUACUUGGUGGUGGUUCAGCUCAAGUGUUUCACUUUUUAUGUCAUCAGACUUCUAUAUCCCAGGAUAAAAGUCGCCAUCACGACGUACUGUGACCGGCUGCUGGCGAAAACGUGGCACGGAACAGUCCUCGAUGGGAUAGCGGAGUAUAUCGAUGAUGUGAAGACAAAUGUGGGCUUCGCAGAGGAGGAGAUUAGACUUUCUCUUGCACAGAGGAGCUCAAACCACAAGGCUUCUUUCCACGGCACCCCGCUGCUAGAAUUCCGGCGAGGACACGCAGGUGAUUCCGGGGUUGCCAACGCCAUUUCCGAACUCGAAUCGCCAGACCGAGUAAGGCUACAUUCUGAGGUUUUCGAUUAG